AUGAACGAUGGCACCGAACGCGUGAUCGAGGUGGACGAUCGAUUCGCGUGCGCGAAGUGCGCGCGGGGGGCGUCGUGUUACGCGGUGCAUCGGGCGACGAGCGCGGUGGCGUCGAUGCGGCGGCGAAAGAGGUAUAACGAACGGACGACGGGCGAUGUGCGCGAGGUGGGGGUGGAGGCGAAGGCGUCGGGGUCGCGCUCGGGCGGCGGGCGCGGGCGCGUUCGAGGAGACGCCGAUCCUUUGGGGGCGGUGGCGACGCUCGCGAGGGACGGACACCGGCCGACGCGGAAGACGUUCACGGCGGUGAUCGCGACGUUGGGGGGGAUGGGACGGGCGACGGAGACCUUGAGCGUGGUGCCGAUGAUUGAGGAGUACGGGGACGAGGCGGACGUCGCGGUGUGGAACGCGGUGGCGCACGCGCACUGCGCGAGCGGAGACCCGGUGGAGGCGGAGCGAAUCGCGGACCGCAUGGCGGCCGAGGGAGGCGUGGGGGUGAGCGGGGCGACGCAUCCGGAGAUUAUUUACACCUACGCCAGGUACGGGGAGGCGAAUCGAGCGUACAGACUGAUCCGCAGAAUGUCAAACGAGCACGGGGUGAUUCCGGAUGAACGGCACUACAACGCGUUCCUUCGCGGCUUGUGCGAGCGAGACGAUCUCGAGGAGGCGGACGAGGUGUUGCGUCGAUGGAAUAACGAGAAGUUCGAUUUAGAACGCCAGAGCGAUCGAGGUGGACGCGUGUCCAAGCCGAGCGCGGCGUCUUACGGUUUGCUCAUCGACGCCUGGGCGCGUCGCGGGAACAUGCUCGCCGCGCGCAAGCUGUUGCAGCAAAUGCAAUGGGAGCGCAUCGCGCCGUCGCUGCAGCUAUUUAACAUUCUCAUAGGGGGGUAUUUGAAGCAAGGAAACAUCGGCGCCGCGGAGGGGUUGUUCCGAGAGCUCGAAUCGAGCGGGACGUGGGACAUGGAGUCUCUCGGGAUUAGGCCGGAUAACGUGACGUACACGCUGUUUUUGGACUAUUGGGCCAGUCAAGGGCAGGUGGAUGCGUGCGAGCGCAUCUUCGACCGGAUGGCUCGGAAGAAAGUCACGGCGGACGUGCAGGCGUUCGGUACGCUGGUCAAGGCGUACGCGCGCGCCCGCGAUCCCGACGGCGCCGAACGCGUGUUGGACCGACUCGAAGCAGCGGAUGUGGAGCCAUCCGUGGCUGUUUACAGCGCCGUCAUCGCCGCGUUCUGCACCGUGGGCGAGAUGAAGCGCGCGCGAGAGAUUCUCGACCGCAUGUUCGAUGCGAGCUUGCGACCGAACGAACGCACGUUCGCGCACUUCGCGUGGGGAUACGGGCAACUCGAGGAUAUCAACGGCAUCGUGGACGUGGCGAAAUUGAUGCUCGCCAACGGGCUCAAACUCAAGGGCGCGAAUCGAAACGCCAUAGUUCGCGCGUGCGAGGAGUGCGGCAUGAGCAUCGGCGCCAUCCACGCCCUUCUCGACAGGCUCAAUCCCGAGGUAUCUCAGCGUAAACCGGUGUGGACGCGAGACGGUGCGAGUGCGAAAUCAUCCGCCGACGCGCCGACGCCUCCAGAGUCCAAGGAAAUCGCCGGUGGCCAAGCCACCGUCGACGCAAAGAAACAGGGCGCUCGUCGCGUCACCACGCGCGCGUUUCCCACGCUUCAGCGCGCUCGCGUCAUCCAUCGUCGCGCUUUCGCGCGACCCGUCGCGCGCGUCAUUCGUUUCGCCGCCGCCGCCGCCGCCUAG